AUGCCAAGAUACUUUCAUAUUCCUGUGAAUUUGCUGCAGAAGGAUAGAGGACCAUCCAAAACAGAAAUUGUAAUAGCGAGUGAGGAGAUGAAGCAUCAAAAAUGGCUGAAUCUGCACGCAGACUGGAAGAAUAAAAAUGCCUCUACUUUACACGCACUUCUAGUGAAGGGGCAGAUGUGCCGAAGCAGAAGCAAAGUGGCUCUUUCCUGCACUAAAGAAGACUGUGGCCGUCGCCCAGCUGCUCGCAUGAACAAGAGGAUCCUUGGUGGGAGGACCAGUCGCCCAGGCCGAUGGCCGUGGCAGUGCUCGCUGCAGAGCGAGCCCAGCGGACACAUCUGCGGCUGCGUUCUGAUUGCAAAGAGAUGGGUCUUGACAGUGGCACACUGCUUUGAAGGGCGAGAAAACGCAGCUGUGUGGAAAGUAGUGUUUGGGAUCAGCAACCUCGAUCACCCAUCAGGCUUCACGCAGACCCGACUAGUGAAGACCAUCAUCCUCCAUCCGCGCUACAACAGAGCCGUCGUAGACUACGACAUCAGCAUCGUGGAGCUGGACGAGGAUAUCAACGAGACGAGCUACGUAAGACCCGUCUGUCUGCCCGGCAAGGACCAGCUGGUUCGGCCGGACACCUACUGCUACAUCACAGGCUGGGGACACAUGGGCAACAAAA